AAAGAUAAUACUGACGAAUCCCUCGCCAGUCUGCAAGAAUAACGCGUUGUUUCUUAUGUCGAAAGUAACCGUAAUGACCAGGAAGAGACUCUGCUUUUUUCUGCUUCUACCCCUGAUCUUUUCACACUGUAAAGCUAAAGAAACACUUUACAUCGGUGGACUGUUUGGUAUCGACACAAGUGGCGGUGGAUGGAACUCGGCAGGAACAAUUCCCGCCAUUCAGAUGGCUAUCGAUGAAAUAAACAACAACACAGAGAUUCUUAAGGAUUAUCACCUGCAACUUUUAAUAAAGGAUUCUAAGUGCAAUGUUGGCGAGGCUGUCCGCGGAACUUUGGAGUACAUAUCAUCCGGAAAACCCAAAAUCAUGUUUCUAGGCCCCGGAUGCUCUAAAGCCACAAUGCCAGUGGCGGAAGCAAUUCAUUACUGGAACAUUGUGCAAAUUGGCUUCUCAAAUUCUUCCCCAUUGCUAUCGUCAAAAGCCGUUUUUCCCCUCUACUUUCGAACCAACCCUUCGGAGAGAUUCACCAAUCUGGGACGUAUUGCGAUUCUUAGACGAUUCAACUGGAAGAAAGUUGCCAUUAUGCAACAAAACAACGACGUUUUCACAGGAAUCAGCAACUCUCUUGUUGAUUUACUGAGUGCUGCCAAUAUAACCGUGCUUGCCUACGAGAGUUUCAAAGAUCAUCCGAGGUUUGCCUUAGAGAACCUGAAGAGGAAAGAUGCCCGUAUCAUCUUUGCAUUUUUCUAUCCAGAUGAACAUUAUAUCACCUUUUGUGAGGCCUUCAAGAAAGGUAUGUAUGGACCGAAAUAUGUGUGGAUUUUGAACUCUGCUCGAAUUCAGGACAAUUGGUGGAAAGUGCAGAGUCCUCUCGUGGAUUGUACUCCGGAGGAAGUGCGGAAAGGCCUGAGUAACAACAUCGGAACCGGAGAAUUGAAACUCAGUCCUCUCUCGGGACCAACUAAAUUUGGAAAGACGCCCCAAGAACUCUAUGCUGAAUAUCUAGAACGCCUCAAGAACUCGGGAUAUUCCGAAAAUACGUUUGCUUCUUAUGGAUACGACGCGGCCUGGACAUGCGCACUGACUCUCAACGCAUCAAUUGAUGUCUUGGGAAAACAGAACUUCAAACUGAAUGAAUUCAACUAUAGCCAUCCUAACAUGAGCAAAGUCUUUGUCGACAUAAUGAAGAGGAUUUCAUUCGCUGGAAUGUCAGGCCAGGUGAAGUUCGACAGUAAUUAUGACCGUAUAACAAAACUUGAGGUCCAACAAAUACAAGGAAACACCCAGCGAAGAGUUGCAUUCUACGACAUGGAAAAUGACACUUACGAAGAGGAUAGCAAUAGUGUUUACUCAUGGGAUGGUGGUAAAGUCCCCGUCGAUGGUCUAAGAAUAGAAGAAAAGCUGGAAGGAGUCGAUCCAGGGGUCUUGUGGUUUGUUAUCGCUGUAUCAAUCCUCGGAGUUCUGAUGGCCAUCGGAUUCCUCAUAUUCAAUGUAUACAACCAAAAGAUCAGGUAUAUAAAAAUGUCGUCACCUAAUCUUAAUAACCUGAUUAUAGUCGGUUGCAUACUUGUCUAUGUGGCGGGUGUACUGUUCGGCUUAAAUAAAGAGCAAGCAAGUUAUUUGUGCCAGUUGGAGUUAUGGAUUGUAAUGAUUGGAUUCAGCUUAGGCUUUGGAGCGAUGUUCAGCAAAACCUGGAGAGUUCAUGUAAUAUUUCUUAAUACUAAAACUACAAAAAGGGUUAUCAUCCGGGACCGUCAGUUGUUUAGUAUGGUUGCAGUUCUUCUCUUAAUCGAUGUCAUAAUUCUCGUCACCUGGCAAAUUGUCGACCCAUUGACAAGUAAAGUAGAAAACUUGACGCUGCAGGUAACACUGGAAGAUGACACUGGUAUACAACCGUAUAUAACCAUGUGCACCUGCGAGAACAUAACGAUAUGGCUAGCUUGCAUAUACGUGUUUAAAGGCCUGUUGUUAUUAUUUGGAGCCUACUUGGCCUGGGAAACUCGCAAAGUGCAUAUCCUCGCCUUAAAUGACAGCAAGCUGAUUGGCUUGUCCUUGUAUAACGUUAUCAUUCCUUGUAUCCUCGUAAUUCCUAUUCUUGGUGUUGUCGCUGACCAACCUACUAUCCACUUUUCCUUGUCCUCGUUCCUUACCAUCUUCUGUACUUCUUUUACUCUGAGUCUUGUUUUCGUUCCAAAGAUAAUGUUCUUAAGAACCGCGGACGGAAAUAGUGUUUCAACUGCCACUAAAUCUGCCACUGCCACUGGCUCAACCAUAGAAGGUGGACAAAUGUCAUCGAAGGUGGAACCAUUACAUGCUUCUAAAACAAGUGAGGAGAACGCGAGAGAAACAGAAGAGUGAUUUAUCAGCUUGGUGCCCAGAAUAUAAUAAACACAGAUUAACUGCGCUCCGUCAAAUGGGAUACAAUGCACAAAAUUCGACUGACUAAACUGAAAAUGACAGAACUAGCCAGACAUGAGAAAUGCCUAAAUAGAAUGCUUACACUGCAGUGAAAAGUUAAAUCGAAUGAAAAAAAUAAACCGUGAGAGAAAAUUACCAUAAAGAUUACCUGUACGUACUGCGAUUUCAUUAUUCACUAAUUCAGUCCCUUAAGAAUCAAAGAUCUUACUGCAACAAAUAAAGAAGGUAAUAGUCCGAUGUGUUCUCUGUGGAAGCAAGUAGAUGUGCUUGGUAAAAUCGACAAAGGUCAGAAUAUCCUUGAAAAUUCGGCAAGAUAUUACCAUUAACAUGUCGAUUCCAAGACUUUGAAGCCCUUUUCUUUCCAGUUGAGUAUUCUUUACUUUAUUACUUUAUUGAAAUUUGUUACA